CCGCGCAUCGGCCGCCAUCGGCGCCGCCCGCCGCCAUGCCGCCCAAGUUCGACCCCAACGAGAUCAAAGUGGUGUACCUGCGCUGCACCGGCGGCGAGGUCGGCGCCACCUCCGCGCUGGCCCCCAAGAUCGGCCCCCUGGGCCUGUCCCCGAAGAAGGUGGGCGAUGACAUCGCCAAGGCCACGGGCGACUGGAAGGGGCUGAGGAUCACGGUGAAGCUGACCAUCCAGAACAGGCAAGCCCAGAUUGAGGUUGUGCCUUCUGCCUCUGCGCUGAUUAUCAAAGCUCUGAAGGAGCCUCCCCGUGAUAGGAAGAAGCAGAAAAACAUUAAGCACAGCGGCAGUGUCAGCUUUGAUGAGAUAGUGAACAUCGCACGGCAGAUGAGGCACAGGUCCCUGGCUCGAGAGCUCUCGGGGACGAUUAAGGAGAUCCUUGGAACUGCCCAGUCUGUGGGCUGCAGCAUUGAUGGCCGGCACCCACAUGACAUCAUCGAUGACAUCAAUAAUGGUGUGAUUGAGUGCCCAGCUAGCUAAGACUGCAGGAAAGAAGUUGUCGUGUGAAGGUUGUUGAGGGUGUCAGAACAGCCUAAUAAAACACCUGGUUGUCUGUGA